AUGUCAGGUGUUUGGGUAUUCGGGAAUAAUGGUGUGAUAAGGCUGAAUCCAGCGGCCGAGCAGCAGGGUGAUGGAAGGCAUUCGAAAAAGAAGAUGUUAGUGCACUUGCCAACAGACCAAGUGGUGUCAUCGUACAAUUGUCUAGAGCAGAUUCUGAGGGAUUUAGGUUGGGAAAGGUAUUAUGGGGGUGAUCCAGACCUGUUCCAAUUCCACAAGCACUCUUCCAAUGAUCUUAUUUCUUUACCUAGGGACUUUUCCAAGUUCAAUUCCAUUUACAUGUAUGAUAUUGUAGUCAAGAAUCCCAAUGUCUUCCAUGUUCGUGACAUGUAA